CCCCCUCUGCCCCUUGGGCGGGCCGGGGGGAGCUGAGUGGAUGGAGCCCGCGUCAGUCAGGGGCAAGGGCGAGGCCGGCGCUGGGGGAUGGCGGCCCCCGCCCGGCGCUGGGGCUGCAGUUGUGGAGGAGCGGCGGCACCAUGCGGGCGACCGCCGGGGACGCGGUGGGCAUCUUCUGCCUGGUUUCCGUGGCGGCUGCGCUGGAGUUCAAGUACCACCACGCUGAGGAGCUGGAGGCGUACCUGAAGGGGGUCCACGACGCCUACUCCUCCUUCACGCACUUGCACAGCAUCGGGCGCUCGGUGGAAGGUAGAGACCUGUGGGUUCUUGUUCUGGGAAGGUUUCCAACCCAUCAUAAGAUUGGCAUUCCAGAGUUCAAGUAUGUUGCUAAUAUGCAUGGGGAUGAGACUGUUGGGAGAGAAAUCCUGCUCCAUUUGAUUGACUUCUUGGUGACCAGCUAUGGACAUGACCCAGUUAUUACCCGGUUGCUCAAUAACACCCGGAUUCAUAUCAUGCCAACAAUGAAUCCUGAUGGGUUUGAAGCUACAAAAGUGCCGGAUUGUUAUUACACACGAGGAAGGUACAAUAAGAAUGGAGAAGAUCUGAACAGAAAUUUUCCUGAUGCCUUUGAAAAGAACAACGCUAGUAUUCAGCCAGAAACUCAAGCAGUAAUGAACUGGAUAAAAAACGAAACGUUUGUUCUUUCAGCAAACUUGCAUGGGGGUGCCCUGGUUGCCAGUUACACCUUUGACAAUGGUAACUCAGUUACCAUCUCUUCGAAAGGCUACAGCAGGUCUCCAGAUGAUGAUGUCUUUAUUCAUCUGGCAAAAACCUAUUCUUCCAACCAUGCCAGCAUGUACAAAGGGACUGGGUGUGACAACAGACAAAGCUUUCCAGAAGGCAUUACCAAUGGGUAUUCUUGGUAUCAGCUGGAAGGUGGAAUGCAAGAUUACAACUAUGUCUGGGGACAAUGUUUUGAAAUUACAUUGGAGCUGUCAUGCUGUAAAUAUCCUCCAGCAGACCAGCUGGAAAAGUUCUGGAGAGACAACAGAGUUGCUCUGAUCGAAUACAUAAAACAAGUGCAUCUAGGUGUCAAGGGUCAAGUUAUGGACAGGAAUGGGAAUCCUAUUCCCAAUGCCAUCGUGGAAGCCAAAGGAAGGCCCCACGUCUGCCCCUACAGAACAAACGAGCAUGGGGAGUACUUUCUUCUCCUUUUGCCUGGGACAUACGUGAUCAAUGCUACUGUACCGGGAUAUAAAUCUAUACUGAAGACAGUGGAAAUAACUGACAAUACAAGUAACUUCAGUGCUUUGAAACAAGACUUCUCUUUCUCAGAAGUCUCUAUCAGAUCAAGAGCUGCUUCAUGUCCCAAAACUCCCCUCUAUCAACAGCUCGGACGGGCUUCAGCUGCAGUGAAACCAACUCUACAUAUCUUGGUUUUAAUGACCGUCGUGCUUGCAAUUUUCAAAUGAAGUCGGGAAUGACACGAGAUGGCAAAAACCUUCCUGCACAAAUGCGGUUUUUUUCAGACAAAAAAUUGUAUAUGCAAAAGAACAGAUGUUUUUAUAAACCAAAUUCUCAAAUUUACAAUUAGGUCUGUUGUAUUUUGUAAAAUACUGGGUUGACAAUCAGAUGUUUUACUUUUAUUAUAACAGACAAUCAUAUUUUUCUAUGUAAGUAUUUUAUCUUCAUAGACUGUACAGAAUUUCUUUAGAGUAACUGUAGAAAUUUUAUGCAGAAAGUACAAAUAUAUUCAGAAGAAUUCACCUGAUUUCAGAAAAGCCUGAUAGUACUGUACAUUGAACCAACAGUUAAUGUGCCACACAACUGUUGGCAAUUAGGUCAAUCCUAACCUCUCAUAAUAAAGCCAUUGCUAUAAAUGAGGAAUUUUUAUGUUUGCUCUUACCUAGACAGAUGAGACUGCUCAGGGCUGAAUUAAGGUAAAGAUCAGUACGAUACAGACAUGUAAGACAAGAAGAUGGAAAUGAAGUGUGAGUAUGUGCCAAAGGGCUGUGUUGCUGGAAGCCUGAUGCUAAUGUGUCCCAUCAGGCAAAAGACCAUAACUCAAGAGUUCUGCCAAUGGUGUUCCCCCAAGAGCUGUUAAAGUGGAAAGUCACUGACAGCUUUAUACCAUUGCUGUUGUCCAUCUCCUCAUUGAAUUUGGUACGGAACACAACUGCAUACAACUCAGAAUUUUUGAAUCCAAAUAGUUUUAGCAAGAGCGUUAGAGCAUUGAAGUACUUUUCCCAGCCCUGUUGCUAUGUUGAUCCUGUCCAGGGGCUGGUUUCAGUGGUGGCUCAACAACCCCUGGCUCGGUUGCACUGCCUGCAGAACGAGCAGGGUCCUUUCACUGGGCUGGUUGCAAGGCAUUUAGAAGGUGUUUGCAGCUGUGCAAUAAACACAAUUUAUCAAUAAAAGCCAGCUCCUACCUUG